AUGCGAAUUCCUAAGAGGCUCUCCUCGUUUUCUCUCUCUUACUUCUCUCCUCAGCUCGUAGCGCCUCUUUUAUCUUCGCGGAUUUGCUUUGCGUUUGGAAUUUGCGGUAAACCUUGUCGUAGCUUCGUCAACAUCGCAUCACCAGGUGCUAGCAAGUUGCAUUCUCAAUAUUCAAUGGAUGAGAACCAUGAUGUUGGUAUGCAUGAUUCAAAACCAAUUGGCAGGGAUACGGAAAAACAGCCACGUGUAUGGUCAUCGUCUCUUGAACAUGGAUCUAGAACUGAUAAAGGCAAACAAAUAUUUUGUAACCGGUCACUGAAUAUGAAGAACAUUGUUGCCGUGGGAUUUGACAUGGAUUAUACUCUGGCACAAUACAAGCCUGAAACUUUUGAAUCUCUUGCUUAUCAAGGCACAAUUAAAAAGCUGGUUUACGAUUUGGGAUAUCCUAGUGAGUUACUAAAUUGGUCUUUUAAUUGGAAGUACAUGGUCAGGGGCUUGGUUCUUGACAAAAAAAGAGGAAAUAUAUUGAAGAUGGAUCGCCACAAAUAUGUGAAAGUAGCCUAUCAUGGAUUUAAAGAAUUGUCAAAAGAAGAUAAAGUUGGGACCUAUGGGAAUACUUUAGUACGCGAUUCAUUUGACGAGCCAGACUAUGCUCUAAUUGAUACACUUUUCUCUCUUGCGGAAGCUUACUUGUUUGCUCAACUGGUUGAUUUUAAGGAUUCUAAUCCUGGAAAUAUUCGAGAGGGUGUUGAUUAUGCUCGCAUGUAUAAAGAUGUUCGAGCUGCUGUUGAUUUGUGCCACCGUGAUGGGACGUUGAAGCAAAUGGUUGCUAAAGAUCCUGGAAGGUAUAUCAAUGAAGACACCAUGAUAGUGCCCAUGCUUGAAAUGCUUAGAGAAUCUGGCCGGGCAACAUUUUUAGUGACAAAUAGUUUAUGGGACUAUACAAAUACUGUCAUGAAUUUCCUCUGUGGAUCCAGAAUGGUAGAUGGCAGUAACAAUUUUGAAUGGCUUCAAUACUUUGAUGUGGUUAUCACUGGCAGCGCAAAGCCAGGAUUUUUUCACGAGGAAAAUCGUGCGAACCUAUUUGAGGUUGUGCCUGAGACUGGAAUGCUUCUCAAUACAGAUAAUGGCUCUCCUAUGCCUCAGGUGGGGAACAUCUCGGCGAGGAUAUUCACAGAAACAAAGAAUCACGCUUGCCAAGCUUUCCAGGGAGGCAAUGUCGCUCAUCUGCAUAAACUGCUUUCCAUUGAAUCAAGUUCACAGGUUCUGUAUGUUGGGGAUCAUAUUUAUGGAGACAUACUACGUAGCAAAAAGGUUCUUGGAUGGAGAACAAUGCUUGUAAUCCCAGAACUGGAGAAGGAAGUUAAACUCCUCUGGGAGUCACGGGACACACGAAAGGAGCUUCAGUUCUUGAGGAGUCAGCGUGAUCGCAUUGAGGAUGAAGUACAUCAUUUGAAGUGGUCUCUCAAAUUCAAGAACCCAGAUGCUGUUGCCAAGCAAAAGUUAUCUUCAGCACUUGAUAAAUUGGAGCUUGAAAGAGAGAGAAUGCGAUUAAUUCAUCAAGAAGCUCAAAGAAAAUUACAUCUAGGGUUUCACGAACCAUGGGGACAGCUUAUGAAAACUGGUUAUCAGAAUUCUCGCUUUGCUCAUCAGGUUGAGAGAUUUGCCUGCCUUUACACUAGCCAAGUAUCUAACCUGGCGUUGCACUCUCCAGACAAGUAUUACAGACCCAGUGAAGAUUUUAUGCAGCAUGAAUUUGGUAUUCUCGGUUCUGAGCCACGAGAAACGUAA